UAAACCUAGUUCCUCUUCACCGUAAUCCGCUAUCGCUCUCUCUGCCGUCUCUCGCUCUCUCUCGUAUUUGCUGCAGCUCUGAAACGAACCUCCCAUGGCUAACUCCUCCGCUGAUUCCGCCGCCGACCACCGCAACAAGCACCUCUCCAUCAAUCCACCUAACCAGAUCUUCAAAGAUAUCCAGGGUUCUGACAAUCCUAUUCCUCUUUCACCACAGUGGCUUCUCUCCAAACCAGGGAAGAACAAGGCUGGAUUGGGAACUACUGUGGAACCUCAGGGCCUCCAGAAUCCGGUUGGAAACAACUCGACUGGGAAUGGGGAGGAGACACCGGAUAAUCUGAAGAAAAAGGAUGUUUUCCGGCCUUCCAUACAUGCUGUUGAAGCUGGCCGCCGUGAGGGUUGGCGUGAUGAGGAAAGGGAUACCUUUUCCGCUGUCCGGAACGAUCGCUGGCGGAAUGGUGACAAGGACUUUGGUGAUAACAAGAAGGUUGACCGGCGGGAUAAUCUGGGCUCUAGGCAGUUUGUGGAACCGCGCCGGUGGACUGAUUCAGGAAACAAAGAUUCUGGGCCAGAGCAGCGCCGUGGAUGGACUGAUUCAGGUAACAAGGAUGCUGGGACAGAGCAGCGCCGUGGUCCGGGUGAUCGGUGGACUGAUUCAGGUAACAAGGAUGCUGGGACAGAGCAGCGGCGUGAAAGCAAGUGGAACUCUCGCUGGGGACCUGAUGACAAGGAAGCUGAGAACGCUCGUAGCAAGUGGGAUGAAGCUGGCAAAGAUGGUGAGGUCGUUCGUGAGAAGGGUCCGACUCUUCCUUCUAGUGAUGGAGAGCAUUACCGACCCUGGAGACCCUCUCAAGGUCGAGGAAGAGGAGAAUCUCUUCAUAGCCAGUCAACACCAAACAAGCAGGGUACAGCCUUUUCUCACAGCAGGGGGCGUGGAGACAACCCUGCUGUCUUUUCAGCUGGGCGUGGAAGGGUGAGUUCUGGUGGAAGCCUUUUUACUAGUGCAUCAAACCAGUCUCACCCUCCUGGAUCUGCCUAUGAAAAAGGGGAAAGUGGUACUGGAGAGCAUUACCAUCUGAGAUAUAGCAGAAUGAAACUGUUGGAUGUGUACAGGAUGGCAGAUACAGUAUCUUUUGAGAAGUUUCCAGAUGGGUUCAUCGAGGUGCCUUCCCUUACUUGUGAGCAGCCGUCGGAUCCUCUGGCUAUCUGCGCUCCAAGUUCUGAGGAAGUGAAUAUUCUGGAUGGGAUUGAGAAAGGAAAAAUAGUGAGCAGUGGUGCCCCUCAGACAUCCAAGGAUGGCCCUAGUGGACGAAAUCCAGGCGAGUUUUCGCAACCUAGGCAAAUCAAGCCUGCUGGAAGCAGGGAAGAUAUGACAUACGCUGCUGACGUAUCUAAAGAUGAAAGUGGAGAAACAAGGAACUAUCCAGAUGAUAAGUUCAGGCCUGAUGCUUCUCAUGAAGGCUAUGCUCCUUUUAAGAAAGGCAACGAGGUGCAGGGAAACAAUCAUGUCCAGUCUCCAUGGCGUCAGGCUGGAGAAAGAUCGAGUAGGAUCUCACAUGAUUGGAAUGACCCUUCAGCUGAUAACAAGCUGAAAUCUUCUGACAAUGUUUGGUCACACCCUAAAGAUUCAAUAAACCAUCCAGGAAGCAAUGCGAUGAGCUUGCCACAGUCCAAAGGGGAAUCAAGAUGGCAAAUCGGUGAAGAUCCUGGACUAAGAAGGCAGCCGGUGUUUGAUAGGGAGCGAGAAGUUAGAAAGCCUGUGCCAUCCUCGCCUGAAGAACUUAUACUCUAUUAUAAAGAUCCUCAGGGUCUAAUUCAAGGUCCUUUUUCUGGAACUGAUAUUAUUGGAUGGUUUGAGGCUGGAUAUUUUGGCAUAGAUUUGCUAGUUCGUCCUGCGAGUGCACCGAGCGAUUCUCCUUUUUCAUUACUUGGUGAUGUAAUGCCACAUUUGCGGGCUAAGUCGGGACCACCACCUGGUUUUGCCGGUGCCAAGCCAAGCCAGUUUAUUGAUGCAGCCGGUACAACAGCAUUCCCUGGUGUGGGGAAAAUUCAUGCUGGGAUAGGGGAGACUGAUAUGUUGCAAAGUGAUAUGAGGUAUAAGCAAGUUGGAGGUACGGUAGCCGAGAAUCGGUUUAUUGAAUCGUUGAUGUCGGGCAGUUUGAACAAUUCAUCUCAAGGUGUUCAAGGAUAUGCAGUAAAUAGUUCUGGUGGGUUGUCUUUACCAGUUACUGAUGGUGGAGCUGACAUGUAUCUCUUGGCCAAGAAAUUGGAACUUGAACGGCAGAGAUCAGUAGCUAGUCAGUAUUCACAUUGGCCUGGAAGGGAAUCUGCACACCUGAUGCCAGGAUCCGAGAAUGUGCCAGAAGCUGCUCAACAGCCUGCCCGUUCUCCAAGUGCUGAUUUGUUGUCCAUCCUCCAUGGUGCAAAAGAUAGGUCUGCUCCUGCUGUUAGUGGUCCCAUUCCUGCAUGGUCGCAUUCCAAUCAAAAGGAUGAUUUGCACCAUGUGAAAAGUUUCCAAACUCAGACUUCCUUUGGGGUCCAACAGCAAAGGCAGCCAGAGCAGAACUCACCUUUGGCAGGUUUACUUGGUCAACCUAUUGAAAAUAAUCCAGUUGGCAUGUUACCCCCUGAUAUGAUGCUCUCCCCAGAACAGCAAUCACUCAAUCUGUUACAGCAGCAACAGCUUUUGUUGCAAAUGAAUGCUCAGACACCCCUUUCUUCACAGCAACAGCGUCUUUUGUUUGAAAAGAUGCUUUUGCUUAAGCACCAACAGAAACGAGAAGAGCAGCAGCAGCAGUUGUUACGACAGCAACAGCAGCUGUUUUCUCAGGUUCUUGCUGACCAGCAGCAUCCUCAACAACGGUUUGGAGAGCCAUCUUAUGGACAGUUGCAGCAAUCCUUUGAUGCUCUUAGGCUGCAAGAAUCAAAGAGUAUGACACAGGUCAAUCAACAGAUGGAGCUUCCUGUUUCCCAUGAGGACCGAGCUGUUAACUUAACUGAUUUUCUCUCUGUAAAUCAAGCCACUAAUCAGAAUGUUGCAGCUGUCGGAACCCAUAAUCUGCACCUUCAACACCAGCUGUUUGGUAAUAUUGACCCUAGGAUGAGUGAAAGGACAGUUCUUCCAGAUCAAAUCCAUGAUACCCAUAAAAAAGAUUCAGAGUCAGACUAUGAAAGAACAAUCCCUGCAGAUUACAUGAACAGCUUGUACUCAGGAAAGCCUGGUUACCGUGCUACACUUGGUGUGGAAGGACCUGUGAGCUUUCCAACCAAUGAAAGCGCCACUCUUGAAACAAGUGACAUUAAGUCGCUGGAGAAGCAGACUGAAGAUGUGUAUGCUGGACAGAAAGAGACAAGUAAUGAGUUAAAUGUGGAGAUUCCUCCAACUGAAGUUAAAAGCACUGAAGUUUCUGGAGGACGAAAGACUUUUGAAAAGAAGUCCAAGAAGCAACGGGGUAAUAAGCAGUCUGCUGAGCCGGUUAAGGCAGCUUCUAAGUCUUCUAUGCAGGAGGCAAAGCAACCUGAAACAGGAUAUGCUGAUGAUUCUGAGAUAAAGGGUAAAAAUAUGAAUUCAGCCGACAAUUUGAUAGAUAAUGAUGCUCACCUCAUUCAGAGCUCCCCAGCUGCACCUUCGAGUAAUGUACUAACGAGUUCUGAAGCUAUUUCAGUCAGGGAAGAAUCUGGUGCGAAUGAGUCUUCACUGCAAAACACACGAACGCAACCGGGACGUGCUUGGAAGCCUGCCCCUGGCUUUAAACCAAAGUCGCUUCUAGAAAUUCAAAUGGAAGAACAGAGGGUAGCACAAGCAGAAGCUUUAGCUCCAAAGGUUUCUACUUCCUUUAGUUCGGUGGGUUCGGCUUCUCCUUGGGGUGGAAUUGUUGCCAGUUCAGAUCCUAUCAACCUAAGAGAGACUCAAGGAGAGUCAGUUAUUACUCAAACAGGUGUUGUAAAGCCUGAAAGUGUUCCUGCCCUUAAGGGUAAGCAAAGCCACAUGCGUGACUUAUUGGCCGAUGAUGUUGUGGCCAAAUCGGUUGUUAAAGAGAGGGAUGUAGUGGGAAACAACUCUAGCGACACAUAUACGCAAGUCACAUCCACAAACGCAGAGUCUCUAGACGAUGAUAACUUCAUUAACGCCAAGGAAACAAAGAAGAACCGUAAGAAGUCUGCAAGGGCAAAGAAUGCUGCAGCAAAAAUAGCUGCACAGGUUCCUGCUGUAGAUACAUCCCUCUCAGCAAGUUCCAUUGAGAAGGGAAAAAGUUCUCGCAUUGCGCAGCAGCAGGUUAAGGAAGAUUUGCCUGCUAUUCCUUCUGGGCCUUCGUUGGGAGAUUUUGUGCUCUGGAAAGAAGAGCCUGUGAACAAUCCUUCACCAGCUGCUGCAUGGUCGACUGGUCCAAAGAAAUCAACAAAACCUAGCUCACUUAGGGACAUCGUGAGGGAGCAGGAGAAGAUGACGACAUCAUCGCAUCCACCUCCUAGUCCGGUACCUAUCACCCAGAAACCUACUCCACCACAGGCUGUGCCUCAGUCUUCCUGGUCGCGCUCCCCUUCACAGGCUGUUUCUCAAUCUUCCCUGCAGUCAAAAUCCAAGGGAGAUGAUGACCUUUUCUGGGGUCCAGUUGAGCAAACAACCCAGGAAUCAAAACAGGGAGACUUUCCUCAGCUUUCAAGUCAAAACAGUUGGGGAACCAAAACCACACCUGGGAAAGGAAGUGCUGGAAGCUCGCUGAAUCGACAGAAAUCAGUUUCAGCUUCUUCACCUGCGUCCCAUAAAGGGAAAAAGGAGGAAGUGACAAAACUCACAGAGGCGAAUGGCUUCAGAGAUUGGUGCAGAAGCGAAUGUCUCAGACUUCUUGGUUCAGAAGAUACUAGUGUGUUGGAGUUUUGUCUGAAGCUGUCCCGAUCAGAAGCAGAAACCCUCCUGAUUGAAAAUCUGGGGACGGUCGAUAGAGACCACAAGUUCAUCGACAAGUUUCUCAACUACAAAGACCUGCUACCAUCAGAAGUAGUGGAGAUUGCAUUUCAAUCAAAGGGGGUGUCGUCGUCGUUGUCUUCGUCUGUAGUGAAGAGCCGAAACAACAACAAGGCGGGGGAAGAAGAAGAGUAUUACAAAGCCCCCCUUGCAAAUGAAGGGUUUUCGAAAGUGGGAGGAAAGAAAAAGGGGAAGAAAGGUAAGAAGGUAAGCUUAAGCUCAUCGGUUCUGGGAUUUAACGUGGUUAGUAACAGGAUCAUGAUGGGUGAGAUUCAGUCGAUUGAGGAUUAAGAGAGGAAGAUGAAGUUGGUUUUUGUCUCGGUUUCUCUUCUCAGUAAUGCUACUUUUUUCAGAGAUUUUUGGCACAAUACAGACACAAGCUUGAUGACUUAUGUGUCCCUGAAGUAAACUGAAAACUCUGUUUUUUUUUUGUUGUCUUCUUACUUGCUGAGUUCCUAUGUAGUGAUAAAGAGUUUUUUUUUCUAAGAACAGUUUUAAAUUAUGUAUUAGAUACACAAAUCAGGUUUAUAACAUGUUAUUGCAGUCCAAAAGGAAGUUCCUUUCA